CGGCAGCGGGGAAGGGAGCGUAGGCAGCUGAUUGGACGGCGGCUCCGCGGCACGAGCGCAGGUGCCCGGAGCCCCUCAUCACGCGCGCACAGCAGAGUCCCGGUCACACGGACACCGCGCCGCGCAGGUGAGAGCCAGACCCGGGGAGACAGCCAGGACGCACCGGAGCGGCACCGGAGGGGUUCGGUGCGCGUUUGUUUUGUUUGUUUGUUUGUUUGUUGUUGUUGUUGUUGUUGUUUUCUUCGCCUGAAGCCGGUUGGAUGCGUUAAGUGCGGGGAGCGUGCACGAUGCUCAGUGCAGUGAAGAUGGAGGGACACGAGCACGCGGACUGGAGCGGCAGCGGCUACUACGGAGAGACCGAGUGCUACACCGGGAACAUGAACUCCGGUCUGUCCAUGAACUCGAUGAGCGGCUACAUGAGCGCGCCCGGCAUGACCAGCACCGGCCACAUGAACGCGCAUUACGUGAACCCGGUGGGGGUCAACCACCACCUUGCGAUGCCCGUCGGGGUGUCGCAGGGCCCCGGGGGGGCGAUGGCGCAGGCCGGGGUCGGGAUGGGGAGCAUGAGCUCCAUGAGCUCCAUGAGCCCGCCGCCGCCCUACGGCAGCGUGCCGGUGAUGAGCCCGGUGUACGGCGAGGCCUGCGGCGGCAUCCGGUCCCGGGAGCCCAAGCCGUACCGGCGCAGCUACACGCACGCCAAGCCGCCGUACUCGUACAUCUCGCUGAUCACCAUGGCGAUCCAGCAGACCGGCAGCAAGAUGCUAACCCUCAACGAGCUGUACCAGUGGAUCACCGACCUGUUCCCGUUCUACCGGCAGAACCAGCAGCGCUGGCAGAACUCCAUCCGGCACUCGCUGUCCUUCAACGACUGCUUCAUCAAGGUGCCGCGGCUACCGGACAAACCGGGGAAGGGCUCCUUCUGGGCGCUGCACCCGGACUCCGGGAACAUGUUCGAGAACGGCUGCUACCUGCGGCGGCAGAAGCGCUUCAAGACCGGGAGGGGCGACAAGGAGGCGGCGGGGGCGGCGGCGGGGAAGGCGGGCUCGGAGGGCGGCUCGGUGGGCUCCGGUACCGGCGGUGGCGGCGGCGGCGGCAGCAGCGGCGGCAGCACCCGCUCAGACUCCCCGCGCUCCUCCGCCUCCGACUCUUCGUCCUCGGACGCGAAAGGCACCGGAGCGGAGCGCAGCGCGCACCGUGGAGAACUGCCGCCCCCCAGCCCGGUGCGCGUGCCCUCCCCGCACCUGUUCUCCCCCCCGCACCACCAUCACCCCCAUCACCAUCACCAUCACCACCACCACCACCCGCUGCACGAGGCCGCGCACCUGAAGCCGGACCACUACCACCCGCACUACGCCUUCAACCACCCGUUCUCCAUCAACAACCUCAUGUCGGAGCCGCAGCCGCACAGACUGGAGCCGGUACCGGUCCCGGUCCCGGGGCAGUACGGGGGCGGCGGCGGCUACGGCUACCCGGUGUCCGGGGCCCUGGUGGCGGCCAAAGGCGGCCUGGAGCACGCGCACGCGCACACCACCGACUCCAGCUACUACCGCGGCGCGUACACGAGGCCGCUCGUGAACUCUUGAGGACGGAAGCAGCGUGGAUUGUACAUUUGUGAAAAAAGGCCCUAAAUCUGCAGGACGUGUGUGUUUGUGCAACAGAUAAAAACUAAAAAAAAUAACUCAAAAAACUUUAUAUGAAAACAGUGUUUUUAUGUUUAAUCUGCAGAAACGUUUGUAGUUUAUCGUUUUAAAUAAGAUAAAAAGCUCGAUGUUAACAUGAGAUCCACUUUACAUGCUUUAACCAUCAGCUGCAGGGUCACACACACACACACACACACACACACACACACACACACACACACACACACACACACACACACACACACACACACACACACACACACACACACACACACACACACACACACACACACACACACACACACACACACACACACACACAGCAGGUCAACGUGGAGCCUGAUAGCGUCUCCUCUUCACAGACAAAGGAAACCCUCUGGACUCUUUUUUUAAUGUGUAAUUCUCUUCUGUAUAUUCAGAGUUUUAGGAUUUCUUAUCAAACAUAAAAAAGGAAAUGACGGCCACGUUAAAUAAGAAUAAUAAAGACUACAAAAGUACAA